AUGGCUGAAGCAGUUUUCUAUCCUCCAAAGAGGAAAAGAAAAGUAUGUGAGCAUUAUGAGUCUCCAUUUCCAAUCCCUUUUGAUCAGGACCAUGUUCCUAAGAAAGAAUUUAAAAUGUGCCAUGCUGAAAUGAUGAACAACAACAUAAUUGUGAGGAAUGAAGAGGAUAUUGAGCAACUAUAUGGGAAAGGUUAUUUUGGAAAAAGUAGUCUAUCAAGGAGCCGUCCAAACUUUACAAUUUCAGAUCCUAAGCUGGUUGCUAAAUGGAAAGGUAUAAGGACAAGCAAGCCCAUAAUUACAUCAAAGAAGUACCAGCAAGGUGUGGAAUGGGCUGCCAAACUCCUUUGUAGACAGGGACAGGAGGAAAGCACUGUGUAUAACAUCUUACAGGAGUAUACCAAGCCACUUAAACAACCUUCUUGGCAUAAAUGUGAAGAGGCUCCUUUUCAGGGUGAGCUCAACUAUGAAGUGGAUCCCAAAAUGGAAGCCCCAGAAGGUAGAGAGGAGCUUCUUGUGUUCAACAGAGACACUAGAGUGUCUGAUAGCUUGGAGGACCUGAACCAGCAAACUCACCGUCCAUGGCAGGCUUCCAGGCAGAAUAUUGGAACUACAAAUGGCUCCAGUGGACUUACAGUAGAGGAUGCUGCACCCUUGUCCCAUAAUCGGCACAGCCACCAUGGUGAUCUCAUCAUGCCUAACACUCAGCCAAAGGAUGGAUGGUGUGAAAGUGUCCCCUCUAGCAGAAAAAGCAGGCCUGAUGACAAGUAUGUGCUUGUGGAGGAAGUGGUUAGUGGUGUGAGCACGGGAGAGGAUGCACCGCAUGAAGAAGCAUUCUUCCUGGUCUAUGCUCUGGGAUGUCUUAGUAUUUCCUUUGAGAAGGAGCCUCUGACGAUAAUGAAACUCUGGAAGGCUUUCACUGCUGUUCAGCCCUCAUUCAGGACCACAUAUAUGGCCUACCUUCAUUUUCGAAGCAAGGGCUGGGUGCCCAAAGUGGGGCUCAAGUAUGGAACAGAUCUACUGCUGUAUCGCAAAGGCCCUCCAUUUUACCAUGCAAGUUACUCUGUCAUCAUUGGGCUGGUUGAUGACCAUUUUGAAGGAUCUCUUCGCAGACCUUUCAGCUGGAAGUCACUGGCAGCCCUAAGCAGGGUCUCAGUUAAUGUCUCGAAGGAACUUAUGCUAUGCUAUUUGAUUAAACCUUCUACUAUGACUGACCAAGAAAUGGAGUCACCAGAAUGUAUGAAAAGAAUUAAAGUCCAGGAGGUGAUUCUAAGUCGUUGGGUUUCAUCACGAGAGAGGAGUGACCAGGAUGAACUUUAA